CUGUAGUAGUAUCAUUCUUUCCAUCAACUGGGCUGGCGGUGGCGGCGGCAGAGCAGGAGGAGGAGCAGCCGAGACCCAGACGACGAUGAAGAGGUCGGAGUCGGAGGAGCGCAGCAGCUUCCUCAUCGAGAGCGACGACGACGACGAGGAAGCCCACCCCCAGCACUCCUCCUCCCUCCCCAAGGAUGGCGACGACGACUCCGACUCUGAUUCCUCCUCCUGCGCCACCCCGCGCGCCCGCCCAAGCUCCUACUCCGCCCACCAAUGGCCGCAGAGCUACAGGCAAUCAAUUGACAUUUAUAGUAGCGUACAGUCGCCCAAUCUGAGCUUUUUGGGAACUCCAACUCUAAGCAGACUCUCCAACUCAUUCCUCAACAACUCUUUUCGGGGCAAAACCCCUGAAAUCAUCUCUAAUCUUGUCAAGCCACUUCUACGCCCAUCUACAAGUGACGACCAGCACCAACAGCAGCAGCAGCAGCAUGAUGAUACCCGUAAGAGUUCACAGUACCUGCUGCCCUCAAGAAAACCGUCUUUGCAACAGAUCCCGGAGGAUCAAAAGCCAUUGCUGGUUGGUCAUGAGGUGCCAGCUUAUCAACAACAAUGCUCUUACACCCAGGCAGUCAUGAAUGGAAUAAAUGUUCUGUGUGGUGUGGGUAUCCUGUCGACCCCUUAUGCCAUUAAACAGGGAGGCUGGCUUGGACUGGUGAUACUUUGUUUAUUUGCUGUGCUCGCAUGGUACACUGGUGUGCUCCUCCGACGCUGCCUGGACAGCAAGGAGGGUCUUGAGACAUACCCUGAUAUUGGCCAUGCUGCCUUUGGCACCACCGGCCGUAUAGCCAUCUCGAUAAUCCUGUACGUUGAACUAUAUGCCUGUUGCAUUGAGUACUUGAUAUUGGAAAGCGACAAUUUAUCAAAGUUAUUCCCCAAUGCACAUCUAACCAUUGGGAGCAUGACACUUAAUUCUCAUGUAUUCUUCGCAAUCUUGACCACCCUCAUAGUCAUGCCAACCACUUGGCUCCGUGACCUUAGCUGUCUGAGCUAUCUUUCAGCUGGAGGUGUCAUUGCAUCAAUCCUUGUAGUUGUCUGCCUAUCCUGGGUUGGGGUUGUUGACCAUGUCGGCUUUGAGAACAAAGGGACUGCACUGAAUCUCCCAGGAAUUCCCAUUGCAAUUGGACUGUAUGGUUAUUGCUACUCAGGACAUGGUGUGUUCCCGAACAUCUAUUCUUCUCUGAAGAACCGCAACCAGUUUCCUUCUAUUCUUUUCACUUGUAUUGGGUUGUCCUCGAUUUUGUUUGCCGGUGCUGCUGUGAUGGGAUAUAAGAUGUUUGGUGAAUCGACGGAAUCUCAGUUCACGCUGAACUUACCAGAGAAUUUGGUGGUUUCAAAGGUUGCCGUCUGGACAACGGUGGCUAAUCCAAUAACCAAAUAUGCAUUAACCAUAACCCCAUUGGCCAUGAGUUUGGAAGAGUUGCUGCCUCCAAAUCAGCAGAAGUAUGCGAACAUAAUCAUGCUUAGAUCAUCCCUGGUGGUCUCAACCCUCCUCAUUGCUCUAUCUGUCCCCUUCUUUGCUUUGACAGGGCUAGUUAUGGCGUUGGUUGGUUCUUUACUCACCAUGCUUGUGACCUAUAUACUUCCUUGCGCCUGCUUCUUGGCCAUCCUUAAGGGUAAAGUGCCCUGGCAUCAGAUUGCAGCCUGCUCAUUCAUCAUCGUGGUAGGGGUUUGCUGCGCUUGCGUGGGGACAUACUCAUCCCUCUCAAAGAUUGUCCAGAACUACACCUGACCUGAUCGAGUGGCCAGCUGAGGGCCGGAUCACUAGCUAGCUGUUUGUUAUAUAUUCACCCUUGGAUACCACAACAAAGUUUUGCAACUGGAUUCGACUAUGUAUAAUUAUUUUGGAUUAUUGUUUCAUUUCUGGUAA